AUGUCAAACUCACCACUAGAUCAGUCAACUCAAAUUUACUCAUGGCAGCCUGAUAACUCCACAAACAAAUGCACUCUCUGCUCAAAGCUCUUUUCUCUUUUCUUCAGAAGACACCACUGUAGAAAAUGUGGCAAAAUAAUCUGCUCAACCUGCUCAAAACAUUAUACUGACUACCUACCAACAACCUAUGUUGUCUCUCCCCCUUCUCAAAUGUUUCUAGAAAACCCCCAUGUUCCUCACAGAACUUGUGAUGUAUGUUUCAACGAACUAAUAAUGAUCAAAAGAGCCCUCAUACUGGAUAUCUCCCUACCAUCCAACUCAACAACUACAACCUCAACAACAACAACAAACUUAUCUCCAGCCACAAAUUUAUCCAAUACAAAUAAUAUCAGCGCCAAUAAUAACACUCAAACCACAAAUACCCUCCUCACUCAUCUUUUAAAUUCAAAUGUCCAAUCAAAUACUCAAAACAACCCAAAUCAUUAUCUAUUCAAUGCAAAUCACAUCACUAACCUAAUUAAAACCGAUCCCUUUAUUGAUAACAACUCAACUACAAACACAAGUUUCCUCUCCGAUAAAGAAAAUCACAUUAACUCAUGUAUCGAAAAAGCUCAAUUUUCCGGCUCUCCAGAUCAAAAAAGACUCAUAAAUAAUAGAAUGCUAGUUUAUAGAAUACCAAAAUAUGAAAAGAUUAAAACUAAUAAAUUUAAUAAAUUUAAUGAAACUAAUAAAACUAAUAAAACUAAUAAACUUGACCAAUUUAAUGAGAAUAACCAAAUAUCUCUUCAAAGUAAUUUUGAAAAUGAGUGUGUCAUUUGUUUUGAAGAAUUUCGCCCUGGUGAUAAAGUAGGCAGAUUGGAAUGUCUAUGUGUUUUUCAUUAUAAAUGUAUAAAAGACUGGUUUGAUAUAAAAGGUCCUGGAGAAUGCCCUGUUCAUGCUGUUCACUAUUAA